UGGUUCCGUCUCGUUUACAGCUCGUUACUUAUAAUUACCGCGUCUCGUCUACGGACUCGAGGUUACUUGUACAGGAUUCGUAAGUGUCAUGCCAUCCCCCCAGGCUCUAUUCACGCACAUCAGGGAUACGUUCAGGUCCCUUCGACAAUGGGCUGAGAACGACUUGUGAAUUGAGUUUUUGAUGAGGCACAGAGCAGAAGGUAGUUGUGCAGGAGGGGUCAAGACGGUGUUGUAUCUCAGAACCGACGUCGAGGGCGGUUUACUAGCCCACUGAAUCUCCAGCCCGCCCAUGCUCUGUAUUGACGCUGUCGUAUCGAUCAGCACAUGUUCCACGUUCAACACACAUUCUAGGCCGACACAGCGUCGCCAAUUGUUCACUUCAACAACAAGAUCCGACGUAUUCAAUUUUUCCAUGAUCUUGCAAACCUCUCGCGCCGUCUAA